AAAAAAUAAUAAUCAGAAAAAGGAUUUUGGCGGUAAAAGUAAAUCCAAAAGCACGUGGGAGGAUCUAACCUCUGAUUACAGUACUUUUGAGGAAAUGUUUUUCUUUUUUUUCUUUUUUUUUUCCUUACAAAAGCAAAGCCAAAAAGGCGAUCUGUUUUUCCUCUGCUCUUUAGCCCAGCAGAAAACAUGGAGACGCUUCCAGGCGAUGUCUGUCUUAACAUCUUCCGUUUCUUGGAUCACCAGAAUCUCGCUGCUGCCCAACAAGUUUGCAGGAAGUGGAAGGUCUUGGCAUCAGAUAACAUACUGUGGUCUAAACUGUUCAAAGAGAGAUGGGGAGAUGAUCAAGCCAUGUUCUUUACUCCCACAGGUUCAAAAUCAUGGAAAGAUGUGUACGAGACACAAGAUCGUUGUGACCGGGUUGGACUGUAAGUUAUAUAGUUGGACUGAUUGCGUAUUCUUAUGUCUUAUGAUUUAUGAUUGAUUGCUGCAAAAGCUAAAUUAAUGAAUAAAAUGUGGAGACAAUAACUGUUGCAGCAAAUGCUGGGCACUUGGACAAACAUGUUUUGAUAGUUGUUCUCCCUCUUGUUUAUGUUUCCAGCGGUCUGAAGAUAAUUAGAGAAGGUGGUGAUUACUUUCUUAUUCAUCAAGGUGAGAUCCGGCGUUAUUUGGGUUCAAGAAAGAGAAAAUCGGUGAAUGAUCUUCCUUCAAGUUCCAAACCAAAGUUAAUGCCGGAUGGAUCUUUAGCGGAGGAAUCCUGUCGAGGGAUUCUUGACAAAAUCCUUUUCUUCAUUGGGGACUUGGAAGUUGCUACAGCGGAUGCCAAACGAGGCCGGUCCUCAUAAACAUGUUCCGGGUGUUGUUGGGAAAUAGAAAAAAGGCUUUUCUGAAAAUUUCAUGUAUGGAGGAACGCACUUUUGUAUAUGGUUUGUACUAAUGGUAUGUAAUAGGCGUAGGCCAGGUAAGUGCAGUGCUUCAUGUUUAAAGUUUUAGAAUGAUAUUGGGAUUUGAAGGAUUGAUAUUUUUGAAGGCUAGUCUGGUGGUUUGCCCCUUGAGUGUGGGCAAAUGUUCAAUUCCCCAAGCGUAUGUACAAUGGCAAAACUCUUUUUGGAGUUCUGUUAAUACAAUAUCAUCACAAUG